UCGGUUCAAACUCGACAACACAACAACCCGCAGCUGUUAAAUUCUCGCUGAUGGGUUGGGUUUUGAGUUUCCAAAAUUGUUGGAAACUUUUAAAAUUUUAAAAUUCAGGACUAUUAUUAUGUAUAAAGUUUUAUAGUUAAUUUACAUACAACUCAAAAUUUUAAAUUUUGGACAAAAAUUAGAUUUCAAAUACAAAAGAUGGAUUUUUUGACAUCGUCGUCCGAAUUGUUCAAAGGGAUCAAUACAUUGGAAAAUACAAUUGCGAAGGUGCAGCGUCAAGUUGAGACCGUUUUGGAAGAAAUUGAUCGACAAUUAUCUAACGAUCAGACACGCCAUAAUUCGGGCGAAGAUGGCAGGAACCACAAGAUUUACAAGGACAGGUUGAAAAGUGACCUCCGCUGCUUCGUCAUGUCCUUUCCUCAAAUGUGUCACUUGAUCUCGUCAAUCGCAGAGGGGUUUCGCCACAUUCAUCCAGAGAUGAAAUGGGAGGCAAGAAAAGAAGAAAACGACGCUUUGGAUGUAGUAAUUAAAUUAGAACCUGAUCGAGAUCGCGACAACCACGAUGACGCAGUAUUCGAAAUGCUCCAAGUCACGCCGGAACUUGGAGAGACUGAUGAAGAGAUGCACGAGUACAAUCAACCUAAUCGAAGAUCCAGUAGUCGACAUAGACGACAAACCCAAGAAUCUGGGAGUAUGAAGCAGCUAAAGAAUUUAUUACAUCGACCUAUUCAGAAAACGAAGAAAAAUCACAGCCCCACAUCAGACGCCGGAAAUUCCAAGGAGGCCAAUUUACAACGCAACGAAACUCCUGCAUCCUCAGAUAAUGCUCAUAAUAUCGAUAAUCAUGAUAAUGUUAAUGAAUUAAAAAGCGAAUCUGAAUCUGAAACUAAUGAAGUAGAAGAACUUUCAGGAGACGAGUCUAGCGAUUUUGAGUUUGAAAUCAUUGACUUUGGAUCUGCAAAAUUUCCAAGUCCAAAACACGAACAUUUGGAGAACAAGAAUUUUCCAGUUCCAAAACAAGAAGAUUCAGGCAACAACAAUGAAACAAUGAAAGAUUACCGGGAUGAGUAUGAAAAAUGUGGUCAUUGUACUUCAACUUUUCGCAAUAAACAUCAACUACGUCAACAUGUCAUGAUGAUCCAUCCAAGAUCAUACUUUAAAGAAUAUGGAAAAAGUGAAGAGACUGAGGAGGAGUGGAUCAAGUUCAUGAACAUUACUCAAAAUGGUACAGUGGACAAAGAAUACCCUUACAAAUGUCCCAUUUGCGACAAGCCAAGCCGUCAAAAGAAGAUUGUCCUUGAGCAUAUUCCAUCCCAUUGUGGAAUCUCAGAACAAAAACUUACUUGCCCCGAGUGCAAAAAUACAUAUAAGACGCCAAUGUCCCUUAGAGCCCACCUUCGACACCAGCACCCCACACGACUUUCAAAUACCCAGCAGCAACAACAACAACAACACCCGAGUAUUCCAAUUCCUACUACUACCACCUCUCAUUCUGAUAAUAAUAACGCACAAUCUUCCCUAAAAUCUGUCCAUUGCCCAAUUUGUGGCCAAGUUCUCUCCUCCAGAUACAAUUUAAAGCAACACAUGUUGCGCCAUGAUGGUUCGAAACCGUUCGUCUGUCCGUAUCCUGGUUGUGGCAAGACGUUUCGUCAACAAGGCAGCGUCAGAAACCAUGUGGAAGGGAUUCACAGCGUCACGGAAAAAUAUGUGUGCAAAAUGUGCGAUAAAAAAUUUCGUUGGCGACGCUGCUACGAUAUACAUGUCCAGACACAUAAUGAAAACCGGGUGAAACUGUUGUGCACCUUCUGCAGCAAGGAAUUUCUUUGUGAUCAGUAUUUACAAAAUCAUAUUGCCUCGGUACACUUAAAGUUAAGGUCUUAUCCAUGCCACCUUUGCGAAAAAAGUUUCGCCCAUAAGAGCAAUUUGGUCUAUCAUCUCAACACGCACGAGAGGGACAAGAACAAGCUUAGUAAUAAAGGAGUUAGUCUAGUUGGCCAGGUAUAAGUAUAAUUAAAAUGUAUUAGAAUUUUAAAUGUUCAUGAAAUCCGGUACCGUUUUUUGCAAGUGCAUUUGUAUUGUAUUAGUAAUAGGUUUUAUUUGCAAUCUAAUUCUCAGUUUUUCUUACAAUACAUGCUAACAAUGUACUCGCCAUUUUUACAAUAAAGAUUUUCAAUAAUGAUGACA